AUGGCUCUACGGAACCAUGAGUGUGAUGCUGCGGUCGCAGCUGGGGUUAAUCUUAUCCAGUCCCCAGAGCAACACAUUGGUACAAUGAAGGCCGGGGUGCUGUCGAAAACGUCGACGUGCCAUACUUUCAGCGACCAAGCCGAUGGCUAUGGACGCGCGGACGGUGUUGGAGCCGUUUAUGUUAAACGGCUCAGUGACGCCAUUGCCAACAAAGAUCCUAUCCGAGCAGUCAUUCGUGGAUCUGCGGUAAACGCAAACGGUCGUACUCCUGGAAUCACACAGCCAAGCUCUGCUGGACAGGCAGCUGUGGUUCGCAAGGCCCACGCCCAGGCAGGGCUGAAUCUUCACGACACUUCGUACGUGGAGGCGCACGGCACUGGUACUCCUGUGGGCGAUCCCAUUGAGAUUCGUGCCCUCGCGGACGCAUUCUCAAGCAGACCGAAGUCCUCACCUUUGUUGAUUGGAUCAGUUAAAACCAAUCUCGGGCACAGUGAAGCUGCCAGCGGUAUCUCCAGUAUUAUCAAGGCCGUUCUCGCUCUUGAGCGAGGAGUGAUUCCCCCAACUGUAGAUGUUGGGACUAUGAACCCGGACAUCAAGACGUACGACUGGAACGUCGAAAUCGUCACCCAAAACACGCCGUGGCCCUGCGAUGGUUGGAAUAUUCCUCGAAGGGCCGGUAUCAACUCGUUUGGUUACGGCGGAGCCAACGUUCACGUUGUGCUGGAGGCGUCCGACUCGUUCGUGCCAGCGGGCUAUCACAAGAACGUGGUCCCUACUUCGGUGCUCAAUCUUAUCAAUAAGAAACUCCUCUUGCCCUUUUCAGCCUCCAGCCAGUCGGCCCUCACAGCCAGAGUGUCCAGCCUCAGCGGAAAACCUGCCAAUCUGGUAGAUCUUGCCUACACUUUGACGGCACGUCGGUCCAAGCUGGCAACCAAUGGCUUCCUGAUUGCCUCGCAGCGCACUCUGGCGGACGACCUAAAGCCUGAGAAUCUGAUCAUUCCCCGCGAGACCAACAUUGAUGUAAGCAAGGGGCUUACAUUUGUGUUCACGGGACAAGGCGCACAAUGGGCCGCAAUGGGAAAGGGUCUUAUUGACCAAUACGCUGCCUUCCGCAACUCCAUCCAGCAGUUUGACGCGGUUCUCAAAGGCCUCGAGCAUGCCCCUUCCUGGACUCUCCUGGACACUCUGACUCAACCGGCUGAAAAGAGCCAGAUCAAUGAGGUCAGCCGGGCGCAAACGGCAUGUACCGCUCUGCAGGUUGCUCUGGUGGACCUUCUCUUCUCCUGGGGUAUCGAACCAUCUGCAGUCAUUGGACACUCGUCUGGCGAGAUUGCAGCAGCCUACGCCUCCGGCUUCUUGACCUCAAAGGAAGCGAUUACCAUCGCCUACUACCGAGGUUAUGCGGUCAGCAAGUUAUCUAUCAAAGGACAGAUGAUGGCCGUCGGGUUCGGGCAGGAGAGUGCGGUAGAGGAGAUUGAGCGUAACGGAUUGACCGGGAAGAUAACUGUGGCUUGUGUCAACUCGCCCGAGAAUGUCACUCUAAGCGGUGAUGCCGACGCAAUUGACACUCUACACUCGGCCAUGAGCGAAUCGAGCGUCCUCCGUCGCAAACUGCUCACUGACGGACGGGCGUAUCACUCACACCAUAUGGCUCAAGUCGGUGCCGAGUAUGAGAGUCUCGUUCGAGCCAGCUGCAAGCCACUCGCGACGCGCGUGAAGAGCAAGGCUCAUGUACAGUGGAUUUCGUCUGUGUUUGUUACCUCGAACACAGACACGAUCGAUUACUCCUACUGGCGACACAAUCUUGAGAAGCCUGUUCUGUUCGGCCCUACUCUGAAGAAACUGGCCGAGACGCACUCAACUCCGUUGGUGGAGAUCGGUCCUCACGGAGCCCUGAAACUUCCUAUCAAGCAGACCCUUCAAGAUGUUGGAAUUACCGCUCCUUAUUUCCAAGCUGUCACGCGUGGAGAGUCCACCGAUUCGAGUCUCUUGAAACUCCUGGGUAGCUUGUACGUGGCUGGUGCAAACGUGCCUCUUAACCUUAUCAACGGCCUCGACAAUGUAGCUGCUGCUAAGGACCUCAGUCUUGUUGGCAAGAUUGUGAAGGAUCUCCCCACCUACCAGUGGACAUACCAGCAGACAUUGUGGAACGAGUCGCGUGCUAGCAUAGAGUUCAGGAACCGCAAGUACCAACGCCAUGAGCUGCUUGGCUCAAUGACUACCGGCAGCAACCUGGUGGUCUUCACAUGGCGGAACGUUCUCAAUGCCAACGAUGUGCCAUGGAUUCAAGACCACAAGCUAGAUCGCACUGUCGUAUUCCCCGCCGCUGGAUAUAUUGCCAUGGCAAUCGAAGCUCUUACUCAGGCCUUGGGCAAGAAGCAGGCGGACGCUUUGUCUUAUGAGCUGCGCAAUGUCAACAUCAUGGCCGCUUUGACUUUGUCUAGCCAGGAUAACAUGGUUCCUGCGGAGAUUUUCACUACUCUGCGAAAGAAAAGUGUCUCUCCCACUGUCAAAUCCAAGAAAUGGUGGGAGUUCGAGAUCGUUUCCGUCAAAGAUGGAAUCUCAUCCACGCACGUCCUUGGUUCUAUUGCGGUCUAUGUGCCUCGUGCGCCUCUUGCUGCCGCUGUUAAACUGGACGAAGCUCAUGGCGAGCCGUCUGCGGUGCGCAACUGGUACCAGAAGAUGAGAGAUGAGGGUCUGAACUUCGGGACCCAAUUCCAAACUAUGAGGACGCUUCGCGUUCCUCGAGGCCGGACGGACCGCUGGGCCAUCUCGGAGAUUGAUGUCCAUCAACAGACACCGGGGGGUAUCGAGCAUGAUUCAAGCUAUACCAUCCACCCUGUCAGCAUCGAUGGCAUGUUCCAGACUGCCAUCAUUGCCGGUGCCCACGGAGUCAUUCCCGAUCUCCUGGCUCAGGUUCCCGUGUCUUUCGAGAGCGCCAUUAUUCGCGCCCCUACGGCUGCGGAUCUCGCCAGCAGCUACACAGUCUUUGCUGACUCCCAUGCGACGAGUUUCUCGACCGCUACUAUCUCCACGGAGCUGCGUAAGCCUGAUGGACAGGUGCAUGCACAGGUCCACGGCAUGCGUCUGAGAACCUACGAAGGGUCUGCGAACAACACAGAUAUAGUGGAGCGUCAACCGAUGCUUCGUGUCUGCUGGAAACCGGAUCUCGCCAGUCUACAAACUGCCCCUCAUGUGCUCGAGGAGUUCAUUAUGGGCGAGGCGGCGUUGGAGAGACUCUCGGCGCAGGUCUGCCCCUCUGAAAAGCUUUACCGCAUGCUGGGAGUCUUGGAGCUCUUCUGCCACAAGAACCCCCGAGCUCGAAUUCUCUACUGUCUCGCCGAUUCUGAUGACCUGACCGCUGUGGGAGUGUGUAUGAGCAAGCUGGGAGCGGGAACCGAGAUGCCCAACUACAGCUCGUUCUCUGUGGCUGAGAUCACCGAUGAAGGUGUGGUGAACAAAAGAAAGCUUCUUGAGGCCGGCCCGCCUGCAGACCUUAAAUCGCUCCCCGUUGAUGGCAAUGCGUCCACUUAUGAUGUCGUCAUCGUGCCUAUCGCAUACCAAGACCAGCAAAAGAAGCAGAUCGAUCAUCUCCUGCCAUUGGUCGGCUCCAAUGGUCUCCUCCUUAUGCCGGAUCCUUUGCAGUCGUUGCCCAAGCUGCCGCAGGAGGCCGACGAAUCAACCACCUGGGAAGCGUCUAACAUCUGUGGAUUUGGACUCCUCCAGAAGCGUACACAAGACCCGAAGUCGGGAGCUCAGAUCGAAAAUCUCGUCCUUGUUGAAGAAACACUGGGUACCGCGCUGGGCGAUGCUAUUCUAUCGACAAUCUCCCGCAUCGCAGACUCGGUCACUCGACUGCCCUUGGAUGCGGUCUCGGAAAGCACCAUCCCUGCCAAGUGCACUGUUGUCACCACUGUUGAAACCGCCCAACCCUUCCUGUCCACUAUGGAUGAAGAACACAUGGGUCUGUUGAAGGUCAUCACCAACCGUGCUUCCAACGUGGUCUGGGUGAACAGCUGCGGUAUGCUGCAGGGUAAAAACCCGGACAUGGCUCUCGUCGGCGGUCUUUCCCGAUCCUUGAUGCUGGAGCAGCCGUCUCUUAGCUUUUACACUCUGGACAUGGAUGGCAAGACCACACCCGAUAUCACUGCUAAGCAUAUCGCCUUUAUUCUCUACCAGAGUGUCCUGUCGCCGCACAUUGACUACGAGUUCGUCGAGAGGAAUGGUCUGCUGUACAUCAGCCGUUUCCUGCCCGACUAUGCGUCUAAUGAUCGGUUCCAGCAGACGCAAGGAAAGCAUAUCAAGCAGAUGGAGCUAAAGGACGCCGGUGAUUGUGGUCUCUUCCUGCAGGGAGCUAGCCAGGUGCACUCGCUCUGCUUCAAGCAGAGCCCGGGCCUCGCUCAGUUGAAGAGCGAUAAUGUCGAGGUUGAGGUGAUCGCUCACGCUAUCAAUGCUCAGGAUAGUCAGGUCAUUCACAGCAAGGCGGAGACCAAGAAGUCUACCUGCGGCACGGCGUUUACUGGUAUUGUGAAAGGAGUCGGUAGCUCUGUUGCCGGUCUCGCUCCUGGAGAUCAUGUCGCUGUGAUGGCACCUAAUCACUUCCGUCUCACCGAUCAGGUUCCUUCCUGGGCUUGUCAGAAGCUUGAGUCCGCAGACAGCCUCACCGAGCUUGCAACCAUUUUCGUCCCGUACGCCACAGCUCUAUACGCACUGCAUGAUCGCGCCCACAUCCAAUCCGGGGAGUCUCUGCUCGUGCACAUUGACUCGUCAGGCAUCGGACUAGCCUCUGCUCAACUCGCCGCUCUCUCGGGGGUGGAGGUCUUUUGCACCGUGCUCACGCAGGAAACCAGGGACUUUCUGAUCAAGUCGUAUGGGAUUGACGAGAACCGAGUCUUCGUUCUGGACGAAGCAACCUACCUCGCAGACAUCCAGGCCGCAACUAACGGUCGCGGUGUUGAUGUCGUAUUCAAUCUGUUCAACGAUGACCUGCUUCACGACAGCUGGCGAGCCUGUGCGGACUUCGGCCGGUUCGUGGAAAUCGGCAAUCGGACUGCCGAGGGCUUGGAUAUGAGUUUCUUCUCUAAGCAGCUGACUUACACUGCGUUUGAUCUGGAGAGUCUCUUUUAUUCGACAAAUCCGGCUGUUUGGAAGAAGUGGACUAGUCUAAUGCAGAACGUGUUGAAGCUGUACCGGGAAGGGCGCAUUCAACUUGCCGAGCCUUCGAAGGUCUUCGAUGUUUCUCAGGUUUCUGAAGCAUUUCAUUAUGCCAAUGCAGACAAUCUUCUCGGCGGUGUCGUGGUUUCGCUGGAGAACCGCAGCUCCAAGAUCAAUGUCCUUCCAAUGAAGUACGCCACCGUGCUCUCUUCCGAGAAGACGUAUCUCCUAAUCGGCUGUCUUGGUGGGCUCGGUGCAUCUCUUGCCAAAUGGAUGUUUGCGCGUGGCGCACGGAAGUUCGUCUUCCAGGGUCGAUCCGGAGCGGACCGUCCUGCAGCACGUCGUCUCGUCGAAGACCUCCAGUCCCUUGGCGCUGAAGUGUCCGUCGUUCGCGGAGACGUAGGCAGCAAGGCCGACGUGCAACGAGCCGUCGACAGCAUCCCCGGUAUCCUCGGCGGCGUCGUCCAAGCCGCCAUGGGUCUGAGCGAAGCCCUCUUCACCACCAUGACGAACCAAGCCUGGCACACCGGCAUUGGCCCCAAGCUGCGCGGCACCUGGCAUCUCCACGAGGCUAUCGCCGCGCGCGAGCAAACCCACCCCCUCGACUUCUUCCUCAUGACCUCCUCCGUCUCCGGCAGCGUCGGAACCGCCACCGAAAGCAACUACUGCGCCGCGAACCACUUCCUCGACGCCUUCGCGCGGUACCGUCGCGCGCACAACCGCGCCGCCAGCUCGCUCGGCCUCGGCAUGAUCUCCGAAGUCGGCUAUCUGCACGAGAACCCGGAGAUCGAAGAGCUGCUCCUCCGCAAGGGCAUCCAGCCCAUCAACGAGGAAGAACUGCUCCAGAUCGUCGACAUCACGCUCAGCCAGAACGCCACCACCCCGGGGUUCCUGCGUUCCGACCCCCUAGCUAGCAGCCACAUCCUGACCGGCCUCGAGCCGCUCGCCCUCAAGGGCCUCCGCAGCAAGGGCUUCGACGUCAGUAACCCCAUCCUCUCGGACCCGCGCGCCUCCCUCCUCGCCACCACCAUCGACGGCCUGACCAACGCUGCCGACGAUACCCUCGGCGCCGCCGUCUCCGCGGAACUAACGCAAGCCCUCACCGAGGCGGGCGAGGGCGUCCCCCUCCGCGACACCGUCGCUGCGCUGGUGGGCAAGCGGUUCGGGAACCUGAUCCUCAUCCCGGCGGAAAAGCUCGAUGUCAAAUUACCUCUGUCGACGUACGGCAUGGAUAGUAUGUUGGCAGCCGAGUUCCGGUCCUGGGUGUAUCGGGUAUUCAAGGCCGAUGUGCCGUUCUUGGAUCUGUUGUCCCCGACGAUGAGUUUGGAUUCGUUGAUUGAUGGGAUUGAAAAGGAAGUUGGUGCUUUGAUGGCUUAGUGCGUUUGUUUAUUUGUUUGAUCGAUUGAUUGGGUUGAAUUAUUGGAUUGGGCUGGUUGGGGGGGUAUGAGUUAUGAUUCUUGGGGUUGGGUUUCUUUCCUGGAGUUUGGCGUUUUGUAUAUAUUUUUUUGUCUGCUUGCUUGUUGCUUUGGAUUGGGCUGGGUUGUUUGUGUUUACUUUUACUUUGUAUACUCUUUCCUUCUACUAUAUAUUUCUAUCAUUCGACUACUGUUCUAU